CAAUCCAAAAAAAAAAGCUCCUCAUGUCUUUUGCACGAUGAUGCUCAACUAUUCUUUAUACUUAUCUUGUUAAAUUCGAUUGUUGCGUGCAAAAAUUGUUGACAUAGGUUAAGUUAAAACUGCACACGCGUUUGAGAUUUGUACAACGAUAGCACCAUCAUCCAAAAUUUCUGAAAAACAAUUGGCUGCUUCAAUCAUCCAAGUGCUACCAUACUAUUGCGUUCUUUGUCAGUUGUAUGCCAUCAAGUUGCUAUUUUCAGAGCAAUUUUAUUGAAAUCCAUUGGAUCUAUUUUUUUUUUUUGUUUUUUGCCAAGAGACGUUCUGUUAUUAUUUUGAAAGGCAGCUGCUGGUCUGUCAAAGCCCGUCAGAAACAGAUUAUGAAGGAACGGUGAAAGAAACUUUUGCGUACGCGCAUGCACGCAUCAACCCCAAAGUCGCUUCAACUUUUCCCGUUUUUGAUAAAUAUCUGAUUCUAUGUUUGAAGGGACAAGCGUGCGUAUAUUACUAACCUUCUACUUACAAAUCCUUUAGGUCCAUUAAACGGCUAUUUAGGCUUCAGGAAAAACAUGGUGAUGGCUACUGGUUUUGUUUGUAAGCGGGAUUGAAUUGUCAUAGAGGAAUUGAAAACUAAAUUUGUCAAUCGGGGAAAAAAUAUUCAAAAUUGUAAGUGGUUCGUGCGCUUCUUUUGUCGGUGUGCA